AUGGCAUUCCGCGUUCCUACGCAGGCGCAACGCCGUCGAACCUCCUACUCGACUCCCCAACGUCCACCGCCUCUCGAUAUACCACCGUUCCCAACCGAACAGCAAGAAGAAGACACGGCACAAUGGAUCCUGUUCUCCCCGACCGCUCGCACGCACACGACCUCGACGGACAGGACACGCACCGCCGGAGCCUCGCGUCUGAGUGACUUUGACUCUCUGGGAACGGCCACUCGAUCAAUAGUUGGCCCUGAGCUCGAUGCUGAGGGAGAAGAUGCGCUGGACGACCAGCUCGACGAGGACGGGACCGAGCUGGAUAGCUUGGAUGAUGGGCUGCAUGCAUUUCGCGCCCCAUCACUGCUGCCCACUUCCCCGCACGGCUUCCAUGCCUCGAGCCAGUUGGCUCAGGAUCAGCUGUGGCAGCAUGAGCAGUAUAAUCCCCAGCGAAGGCAAUCUUACUCUCGUCAUCGCCGUCACUCUAGUGUCCAGCGACAUCUGGAAACGGUGGAUGAAAGUGAGGCCAAUGUGGAGCGGGAGAGAUGGCAGCGGAUCGAACAGUGGAGGUUGGAUCAGAGCCGGGCUCUGUUGCAGGAGAUUGAGCGGGAGACUCGUCGGCGCCCUGGUAGCCGUGCUAGUGCUAGUCAAUUUAGCAUUCCGCGCUCCGUGGAGGAUGUCUCGCCUGCACGUAUCGUCGAGGCGCAUUCGGAGAUUGUCUCUGCGCCUAAGGAUGAGGAGGAGAUGGAGGUAACGGACGAGUCGUUCUGGCGUCGCAUCACCCGCAGAGUCAUCCGGGACCUUAUUGGUAUCGACGAUGAACUGCUGAGCGUCAUCUUUGGCGAGUCUCUGCCGGAGGAAUGUCAGGUAUCUUCCAGGCCUGGGGAAGAGCUGAAUAUGGAAACCGUCUUGGCUCGGGAACCCGGACCAGAAUAUGCAGAGUCCCCUCUCUGGCAGAGCCAUGUUCUGCAACGCAUUGCCCGCGAAUUGGGCACCUUAGUCCACCAGCUCUGCGAGCAUCCCGGGGCAUUCACCAGCUAUUAUCAAAUGACCAAGAGCAUCUCGAGCGAGUAUGCAGGCAUGUCGCUCGGACGCCUAGCAGAGAGUAGCAACUCGCAAAGGCUCACUGAGCCAACCGCACAAACAUCCGAUACGGCAGCCGAUUCAAUACCAUCACCGCAAUUCAUGCCCACGCUGCGGGACCCCAACCGCGAGCACGAAGCACAAUGGGGCAUCGAAGAUGACGAUCCCGCCGACCCUGUCUCGGAAUCAGCUCGAAUUCAACAAGAGCAAGAAUACUGGGAACGCGGUCUGGAUGUCAUGAUGGUCUUCCGCUACCUGCGCACCCGCUUCAGCCGGCGCGGAUAUAUGCCCACCGAGAAACACACACCCAACCCGCCCCCUCGCCAUACGCAAGAUCCCUCCCGUCGCGCUGCGAUCAUCCGUCAGCACCAUCCCCUGGUGGCGCGUGCCCACACCCGCUCCCAAACACAGAACCGCAGAGCAUCAAAUUAUUUCGGUGUCUCCGGCCCUGUAGGCGUGUCAUCACCCCUUCUACGUCCGCAUCUCCGAAGGCCCAGUUCUAGCUGUGCUAGUCAAAGUGCCAAGUUGUCGGCUAUCUCAAGUCGACGUACUCUGACGGGCUCUAGUCGGAAUUACUGGGAUAUCGGCGGGAGUGUGGAUAGCAGUAGUGCGAUUGGGGUCGGUGCUGGACUUGGUACAUGGGGUGAGGCGUGA